UCCUUUUCGGGGUCUUUGACGUGGCAUCAAUAAACAAAGAUGGCGGCUAAGUAGAAAGUUUUGCAGGAUUGUUACUUACUUUUGGCAUUUUAAGUUGAUGGUUUCGCUAAAUAUUUAAUAGCUAGCAAGUAUCUCGUGUCGCUAAAUUCCUAGGAUAUAAAUCUUAAAAUGGCAGGAUGGUCAGGGUUUUCGGAAGAGGAGUUACGAAAGUUGCAGCAAAAAGACCAGGCGGUGCCUGCGGCUUUAGGUCGUGGACGGAAACCAGCUCCUACUAACCGGAGUCGGCAGCAGUUGCAGCGAGAGAGAGCCCUCCAGUCAGCCACUCAGCAAAAGAGUGGACCCGGCUCGUCUGCGCUACCACCCGAGCAGCAGCUAACCAAGCCUCCGCCGCAGCCCACUAAGGCCCUGCCGCAGGCUGUCAUUCAGCCCGUUGUCACCCCCACAAAGCCGGUGGAGGAACCCAGCCAAAAAGAGACCCUUGCCGUAAACCAUGCUCCUGCACCAGCAGAGGACACACCGCCGAUUGCCAAGGAGUUGGAAAAACAAGAGGUGGAAUUGUUAUCGGGAGAAGACUCGCAUAGAGCUGCUUCAGCAAGACCAAAAGAUGAUGGAAGAGAGGAAUAAGCGCAAGAAAGCCCUCCUGACCAAGACCAUCGCUGAGAAAUCCAAACAGACCCAGGCAGAGUCAGUGAAGCUGAAGAGGAUCCAGAAAGAGUUGCAGACUCUGGACAAUAUGGUGUCCAAUGACAUCUGCAUUCUGAGAGGUGUGAUAGAGCAGGCCAGCUGGGACUAUAACACUGCAAGGAAGCGCUAUGAGAAGGCGGAGUCUGAGUAUGUGACGGCCAAGCUGGACCUCCACAAGAAGACGGAGAUAAAGGAGCAGCUGACGGAGCACCUGUGUGCCAUCAUCCAGCAGAAUGAGCUCCGCAAGGCCCACAAGCUGGAGGAGCUGCUGCAGCAACUACACCUCCAGGCCACGGAGGAGGAACAGGAAGAGGAGCGGGAGGAGGAGAGGAAGCGGGAGGAGGAGAGGAAGCGGGAGGAGGAGAGGAAGCGGGAGGAGGAGAGGAAGCGGGAGGAGGAGAGGAAGCGGGAGGAGGAGAGGAAGCGGGAGGAGGAGAGGAAGCGGGAGGAGGAGAGGAAGCAGGAGGAGGAGAGGAAGCGGGAGGAGGAGAGGAAGCAGAAGAGUGUCAUGGAGAACCAGGGAGAGGAAAAUGUCCAGUCUCCCCCAGAUACAGGGUCCACACCAGGGGUAGAGACUGAGACACAGGCAGGCAGUGCCAUGCUCCAGCAGGACUACCCUGCAGUGAUGGGAAGUGAUCAGGACUGUAAAACGGCCAACAUCCCCCUAGUGGGGCAGAGUGAGGCUGAGGCCCCGGCUUCUGCUUCCUGAGACGAGGGGAGGGGUGCUCCAUUAGAUGUCAGCCUUUACAUUCAUUGUUCAAAGUAACAGACUCUUACUGACCCAGAAUGUCAGUCCUGCCCAUUACUACGUAGCCUCAGUAUACUAAUACUGUAUGUCCAAUACACCCAUUAGGGGAUAUUUCCUCUCCUUGUGUAACAAUCCUGUGUACUGUAUGUAUAAACAUUCUACUGUUGGGGGAAAUUAAUUUACAUUUGUACUGUCUGAGAACUGGCUCACUGUGUCUUCAUUGUGGAGCGAACAACAUUAGUAUUUUGUUACUGUUUAUCGGGUGGUUUGUCUGUGUGGCGGUGUGUAAAAUGCUUCAAGCACUUAUUUUGCACUACAUUUACAUCCGAAGUGAAUACUCUCUCUCUGUCAUGCCUAGCCAAGCAUAUGUAGAACUGAAAGCAUAGCCGUUUUUUAAAAUUGGCCUGCUUUGUCUUUAUGGUGAAGCUGAAAGGAGGUGGUUAACAUUAAACCCCUGAAUGUUCCUCUGUGCAGAUCCAGGCUACAGAUGAAUAGAAGAUACUUGUGUUCACUAAAGCAGCGCUGCCAGAUCUAUUCUCUCUGUAUGUUGUAGAUCAACAUAUUAUCUGUCGGGGUUUUGCUAUCGAAGGGCUGGUAUUUCCCAAACCAAACUCUGUCUCAGGCAUAUUAAAGACUUGCAGAUCUCCAGCAGGCUUCCUAAGGAAUGGUAAGGUGAUAUGUCAUAAUGUAUGUAUGCUCUGAGAGGAAACUGCUCCAUGACAUGUUGCUGCUUUACUGUUAUGGCUUUAGAACAGCUUGUUUUCAGUGGCAGUCUAUGGAACAAAUGUGUCUACAGCAAUAUAAUAUUUAUCUGAUAUGAGUGUGCUGCAGCUAGUUGUUGUGUGUAAAAACAGGCUUUAUGCCCCUGUGUGUGCCAGGGAGUACCAAGUGGUUUGUUUUUAAAAUAUUAUCCUUAGAAUGAAUGUUAUGUGAAUUUGUUUAAAUCCAACAUCUUUUGUUUUGUAUUGAAAUGGGCUUAUUAAAAGUGGGUGGAUAUUUAAACAUUAUUUUACACUAUGUGGUUAGUAUUUGGGUAUGUGUUCAUUUAAAAAACAUGUGUGUGUGUGUGUAUAUUCUGAACAUGAAUGCAACUGCACAAAACCUGUUCAUGUCAUCUUGGUUGGUUAAAUUAGUAUGAAUGAAGUAUUAUAAUUAAAUGAAUACGAAACUUGUAUCUCUUA